UCAGGCACUAUAAAACAAGGGCGCGCCUCCGCUACCAGCGAGACAGCCGCUCCCUCCCCACCACCACUCCCUCUUCGAUCACUUCUCUCGCCACAGGUCAGUGCGAGGGCGCGGCCGGCACCGGGAUGGAGCGGUACAGCGCUCUGGGCAUGCGGCUGGACGGCGGGGGCGGCGAUCUGCCGCCGGGGUUCCGCUUCCACCCGACGGACGAGGAGCUCAUCACCUACUACCUCCUCCGCAAGGUGGUGGACUGCGGCUUCUCCGGCGCCCGCGCCAUCGCCGAGAUCGACCUCAACAAGUGCGAGCCGUGGGAGCUGCCGGACAAGGCCUGCAAGACCACCGCGGAGAAGGAGUGGUACUUCUACAGCCUCCGCGACCGCAAGUACCCCACGGGCCUGCGCACCAACCGCGCCACCGGCGCCGGCUACUGGAAGGCCACCGGCAAGGACCGCGAGAUCCGCAGCGCCCGCAACGGCGCGCUCGUCGGCAUGAAGAAGACGCUCGUCUUCUACCGCGGCCGCGCCCCCAAGGGCCAGAAGACCCAGUGGGUCAUGCACGAGUUCCGCCUCGAGGGCGUCUACGCCUACCACUUCCUGCCCAACAACACCACAAGGGAUGAGUGGGUGAUCGCGAAGAUCUUCGUGAAGCCAGGCGCGGUGCCCCCCUCCCGCAAGGCUCGCUACGGACUCAGCAGCGCAGGCGACACGUCGUGCUUCUCCGACUCCACCUCCGUCUCCAUCGGCGGCGGGGGCGGCGCCUCCGCCUCGUCCGCGCCGCGCCAGCACCUCCCGGAUACCAGCUCGCUGUUGGCCGCGGCGCAAGCCGCCGCUGACGGCGAGAGCAGCUCCUACGGCGCCACCGCCAACAACAACAACGCGGCCGGCAACUGCCGUGAGCUCGUGCCCUGCUUCUCCACCGCCCACAUGGAUGCCACCCUCCUCGGCAUCGGGCAGUACGAACCGGCUACGCUCGCCGUCGAGCAGCCGUUGGCCUUCUUCCAGGCCCCCCGCCUGGUGCAGGCGGCGGACAACCUCAGCCUGCCGAUGUUCCUCCCAGGCGGCCUGCAGUCCGGCGUCUCCCCGCUCGGCAUCGGCGGAGGGGCCUUCCAGCACUGGCCGUCCUCCGGCUACGAGAUCAAGCUGGAGGGCAGCCGCGCGCCGCCGCAGAUGGCCGUGGGCCCUGGCCAGCUUGACGGCGCCUACGGCUGGGGCUUCUAGAGCAGUAUGCAUGCAUGCCUUUCAUCGUGUGCUGAUUAUGCUCUCUCAUUCUAGCCUGCUUAUCACUUUGCUUAGAUGCAUGUGUCCUUAGCUAAGCACGUAGCUAUAUCGAUCAUUAUGCUAGCUGCAGUAAGUUUCGAUUAUUUAUGCUCUCUGAUCGUCGUGUGUUCCUACUGUAAUAACAGGACACACGACUUCAGGAGCCAUGUACUGGAUCACUAGCUAAGUUACCUAUAGUUUAUAGUUGAUUAUUAGCUAGUCGUAUGUUGUAUCAGACUAUGUAUGCCUAGUUCAUGUAUUGUUAAUUUGUUAGUCGUAUGGUGUGUCAGACUAGCUAUCAGUAAGUCCAUCAAGAUGUGUACCGGUUCCACUGUAUGAGACUACUAGUUAGUUGAGAUCAA